GUGUACUUUAAUGAAGGAGUUAAUUUAAAUCAUCAAAAUGAGUUUUAAGAAAAUUGUGUGUUUAAAUGUUUGUGUUAUGUUUAGUACAAUGAUGUUAAUGUCAGCUGUUAAUGGAGCUUCGACGGUGCGUGAUAUUAAAUCUACGGUAGAAUCUCUGUUUAACAAGGUGACAUCAGAACAAGUGAAAAGAGAUUCGCCUUAUAUUCCACCGUUAUUUUGGGAAAAGAAGCGUGGAAUGUGGGAAAGUGACGUCAGAUUUUACUUUCAUGGGCAUGAAGAUCUUUUCCUGAUGCGAGAGGCAUUCCGGAUCUACGACGAUAACAUGUUUGCAACUACCUGGAUUACGUCCUGUCUGCUAGAAUCAUUUCGCUAUGGAGACGCACCAAAACCGACGGACGAAGCUAUUACAGCAGCGGUACUUGCUAUUGAGGAGUACCAUGACAAGAACGUCAACUAUUCCAACUCCUUAAUGACUUUCUGGCCUCAGAAAUAUAAUGCGACGUACAAAGCGUGGUCAAGCUAUCCUUAUAACUUGCAUCAUUUCUUUGACUUAGCGGCGUCUACUAAUUUCUCGUCGUUUGAGAAUAUUCUAGACAAAAUCGGACUGCAUGAUAUUGCAGAAAUUAUGGAGAGACUUCUGAAAACAGAGAAUGGAUACCUACGAGCUUUUCAGAUACCUCCGGACUUUGAUGACACUUUUGUCAACCUUGGUUUGGGCUCUUUAUUAGCUGAAAUGAAGGAGGAAUUUCCAGCAGCGCAUGCGCAAUGGCAGUCUCAAAAUACCAACGUGACGUCAGUGUUUGAUGCAUUGAAGAAAUACGCUUACCGUCCGAUGUCCUCUGAUUUUAACGUGAAUGCCAUCGACGCUAGAACCUACUUCUACCUAAGAUAUUUUCUACAGAAAGUCCCUAAAGAUGAAGAUGUCAUUCUUGUACCAACGUGGAUUCAAAACCCCGAGGAACUGAAGAGUUGGGAAAAGAGGGGAGUUGAAAUGCCCCUGAAUACGAACAACGUUGACGUGACAGUCGCGGCCAACUCAGUAUUCGGCAUGACCACAUCCGUUCUUAACGGUGUCGUUGAUGCUACGAUGCUGGAUGAUCCUGAACUGAGGCAAAUAUACUGGAACACCUCAAACCUGAUCGCUUCAAUGAUCCAGACCAACUUCAGCUCUAGACACGACCUGGCACUACUUUAUUAUCCCUCCGCUAUUGAAUUCUAUUGGUUUGUUGCCCGCACGUAUGGGGAGAUCACACGCAAAGAAAGACACGCACCGUUACCACACCCGAUUUUGAAUGACGUCAAAGAACUUCUCAGCGAGGUUCUACACGAUCACAUGACCUCCGAUCUUCUCAAUCAAGCGAAGAACGACAGCAAAGGUCACGUGUACUACGAUGAUUUUGUUGGGGACGGUGACCUAGAUGCCAAUAAUAAAACUGUGGUUCGUGGCCAAGAUCGCCUGUUUACGACAGGGAUGGCGAUUAACGCUUUAUUGAGCACGUGGACUGUAUUUGAUGAACAGACUAAGAGACUGAUAUGGGAGAAAGACACGCCAUCAGAGGUUAAGGACACCGUAGCAAAGGCCGCUGCCUUCCUACAAGCGAACGAGUUUGGCCUCAAUUACCAACCAUGGAACGCUUUUUUCUCCGGCUCAGUAAAGGGACAGACGACGGGUAUAGCCUAUCCGAUGAACCGGAUAACACUCACACCAGGCGAUAAGCCACAUAGCUAUGAGGAAAUGAUGUUUGCAGUGCAAGGCGUGAUUUAUGAAGAGGAAUACCAAGAACUUGUUAAAAAAGGCGUUAAUGGAAGGCCAGUGCCCAUUGAUUUCCAUGGCUACAACAAUUAUCCGGACUUCUGGCCAUUUUGGAGUUCAGAGCCUUACACAUAUGUUACAAACAUGCUGGCUCUUGCAAAAUUUUCAAAUACGUAUGAAGAGUAUGAGUUAUUUGAUUAAUGAACUUUAACAUUUCUUUAAUCAUAGAAUAAUGAGUUUAACGUGAAAGCAAUUAAUAGUACAUCAUAUAACAUAUAUGGACCUUUGUCUGUUUUAAGUAGCUUUUUCUUUGAAUUGUCAUGAACGAAAUGCAGUGAAUGUCAGCUCGAUCAAACUUCAUACUACCGAUAAAUGUUAGUAACCUUUAUUCAUUCAUAAAUGCCUUUCCUUUAAAGGUAUAGGCAAUUGAUACAUUUCCUUAAAGCUUGAAUUCUAAUAAAUUUGAACAGUUUGAUCAUUAAUUCACCUUAAAUUACAGAUCAUUACAACAAAAAUUAGAACAACGCAAAACAUU